AUGCCAAAGUCGAAGCGUGCCAAGAUCGUCCCUCUGACCAAAACUCGUGCUAAGACACGUGAGGAUAAGGACGAACUCAUUAACCGUAUCCGUGAAGCCCUUGAUGAAUACACAGAUGUGUACACCUUCACUCUCAGCAAUGUGCGCACAAACAUUCUGCAGCAAAUUCGAGAAGAACGGAAGGCAGACAGCCGUCUCUUUCUGGGCAACAACAAAUUGAUCAUGAUUGCUCUUGGUCGUGAUGAGGCUACGUCACAACGGCCAAAUCUUCACAAGCUCUGCAAGUUUCUCGUUGGUACCUGCGGUCUGCUUUUUACAAACUUGCCCAAAAAGGAAGUGAAGAGUUAUUUCGCCGCCGUUGGUGCGCAGGUGUACGCCCGCACUGGACAAACCGCAACACACUCACUCGUACUUCGCGCCGGACCGCUGCCGCAGUUCCCACACAGCAUGUUUGAUCACCUCUCGCGGCUUGGAUUGCCAAUUAAACUCGAUAGAGGCGUUAUUGUGCUCCUGCAGGACACAACCGUGUGUGAGCCAGAAGACACACUCAGUGCGGAAGCAGCACAGCUGCUUAAGCUCUUUGGUAUUCAGUCCGCAGAGUUUAGAAUAGACCUCACAUCACACUGGUCAAAUGGCGUCGCCAGUAAGAUUGCCUCUAGGAAAGAGGAAAAGCAAACCGAAUAA